UUGCCCAGACAGAAACCACUUUUGUGGUGGUGGUGGUGGUUGCCAAAAACCGGAAUAAAAAAUGUUGUCCAUAGUAAUAUUAUCGAUGAUGCUGAUUAUUGAUCAAAUUGAUUGUGGACGUUAUCCAUAUAAACCUGUUUACGGGCCACCCGUUGAAUGUACAAUGGAACAGAAAGAAGCAUUUGAUUAUUGUGAAAUAAAAGCACUACGAUAUUAUGGUACAAAAAUCGAUGAUUUUUAUAUUAAUUCACUUGGAUUUUGUUGUUUCGUAUGGUAUACAUUACAAUGUGAAAUAGAUGUUGCACGAGGUUGUAACAAUACAUAUGCAAUGGAAUUGAAACAAUCAACAAUCAAUAGAUUUGAAUCAUUUUGUCAUGACCAGCCAUCAUAUGAACAAUAUACAUCAAUAUUUAGAUCUUGUUUUUGGCAUAAAGUUGGUUAUACAUUUACAUUUUAA